GUACAGUUAAAGGCCGGAAUGCCAUUUACACAUAAAAUUUUGGAAUAAAAAAUACAUAUGAAAACAAUUACUGUAUGAGUGUAUCCAUGGCCAUGAAAGGGAUAUUGACAAUUAUUGAUCACUAAAUCUUCGAACAGGAAGUUUUAAACAAACUGAUAACGUUGGAACAUUGAAAUUUGGAACACAGAAAAAUAAGCUUGUAAAAUCAAACGCGUGUGGGCAUUUCUAUUGCACUUAACAGAAUAGCUGACAUGACUAUUUAAUGCAUUGUAUGGAACAUACCUUUGCCUCGAUUAUAUCAGAUAAGAUCAGAUUUCUUCGUAAAUUCUUCCCCGAGACACGCCAUUGUUUCAAGGGAUGUAACUCUGCACAUAAGAGAUAAGAAAACAACGACACCGUGCAGUAAUGACAUUGACCCGUGCAUUGCAGUUGUUGUUGUAAGACACCGGGAAAUAUAUCGAUUAAGUAUUCACCUGUUUGAAUGAAAAUGGGCGACCCAAUACUAUGUCCAGAAAUCAAAUAUACUCAGUUGUUCAUCAACAAUGAGUGGGUAAACAGCCAGAGUGGAAAGACUUUCCCCACCCUCAACCCGUGCACGGGCAAGGAGAUAUGUCAGGUGCAGGAGGCAGACAAGGCGGAUGUUGAUCUUGCUGUGAAAGCUGCCCGUGCUGCAUUUCGGCGUGGCUCCCCCUGGAGGAAACUGGACGCGUCCAAGAGAGGACAACUCAUGAACAAGCUUGCAAGACUAAUGAGAGAAAAUAUCACAUAUAUCGCUAGCCUUGAGACCCUGGACAAUGGCAAGCCGUACCUGGAUGCAAGGGAAGACAUAAUUGCUGCAACUGAGAACAUAGAGUACUACGCAGGCUGGUGUGAUAAGAUCCACGGGCAGACAAUUCCAGUCGAUGGAUCAUACUUCACUUUUACCAGACAUGAGCCUGUGGGAGUUUGUGGAGCCAUAAUUCCAUGGAACUACCCGGUGCAAAUGUUGGCAUGGAAACUUGGCCCGACGUUGGCAUGUGGCUGUACCGUGGUGGUAAAACCUGCUGAACAAACCCCCCUGACCGCCCUCUACAUUGCAUCACUGAUCAAAGAGGCUGGAUUUCCCCCUGGUGUGGUGAACAUUUUGCCCGGGUAUGGUCCCACUGCCGGGGCGGCCAUUGCAGAACACAUGGACAUCAACAAGGUGGCCUUUACCGGAUCUACAGAGGUUGGUCAUCUGAUCAUGCAGGCCGCGGGUCGCACCAACCUGAAGAGAGUGUCACUGGAGCUGGGAGGAAAGAGUCCCUUCAUCAUACUGGAGGAUUGUGACUUGGACCAGGCAGCCAUGUUUGCCCAUGCGGCCGUCAUGAACAACCACGGUCAGAACUGCUGCGCCGGGUCUCGAACCUAUGUCCAGGAGUCCAUAUACGAGGAGUUUGUUGCGCGCUGCAAGGCCAUGGCUGAGAUGAGAAUUGUGGGUGACCCCUAUGAUGGAAUGACCCAGCAGGGACCGCAGAUUGACGAGGAGCAGUUUAACAAGAUCCUGGGUCUGAUAGAGUCUGGAAAGCAGCAGGGAGCCAGUCUACAGUGUGGAGGGGAGAGACAAGGGGACACCGGCUUCUUCGUCAAACCCACUGUCUUCUCUGAUGUCACGGAUGACAUGCGCAUUGCUAAGGAGGAGAUAUUUGGUCCAGUUCAGUCGAUCUUGAAGUUCAAGGACAUUGACGAGGUGAUAGAGCGUGCCAACAACACGUCGUACGGUCUGGCAGCAGGCGUCAUGACCCGCGACAUCAACAAGGCAUUGAAGAUAUCACAGAACCUUGAUGCAGGCUCUGUGUGGGUGAACUGUUAUGAUGUGGUCAAAUCCCAGACUCCUUUUGGUGGGUUUAAGAAGAGUGGCCAAGGGAGAGAACUGGGAGAAUAUGCUCUUCGUGAGUAUACUGAAAUCAAGACGGUGACGAUAAACUUCCCAGAGAAGUACUUGUAGUGUGCAGCUUCUGCAGCAAAGUGAUUUUUUCAAUGUUUUUUUAUCCUUAACUUAUACGCAGAUUUUUGCCAUUUACAUUCCAGACAAUCAAUGUUUUGUUUUGUUUAUAAAGAUUUCUCUGAAAUAAGCAAUUAUUAAUUCCGUGUGUAAGAGUAGUGGGCUUCUUCAGUUGAAGUGGACAUGCUACUUUGUUUUGUAUAUUUUCACUUUUGUUUGGUGGUUGCAGUUAAAUUUCGUAAGAUUUGCGAGAAAGAUAGUUUUGUGUGUGUGUCAUUGUUUGUAAUCAAAUACUAUGAAUUUU